CCUGAAGCGUGUGAACGCAUUCGGACAAUCGCACGAGACAAAUAGGGUGGGGUUCAAAGCUUUGCGGAAAUAUUGUGGAAAUUCGCGAAAAAAUGAGAUAUUUGACCAUCCUCGCCCUCCUCGCCACGUUAUUCAGAAAUGGACUUAGCAUUUGGUGCUACCGCUGUGUGGGCUCGCACCCUGGCUGUGGUCUCUAUGACUUCGACUGGCGCUACUACUGGAGCUACCAGUGUCCUGAGCCCUACGACAAAUGUGUAAAGGUCAUUGAACAGAAGGGAGCCGAGGAGCUAAUGGUGACCCGCGACUGCCUGAGCAACCUGGAGGGCCACAGGAGAGACAUCCCAGCCGACCGCUACGAGGGCUGCCGAUCAGCCGCAGAGGACCCACAGCUGGGACACUACAUCUUCCCGUCCAUCAAGGAGAUCGAUCACAGAAGGGAACACUACAACAACGUGACCUUCUGCUUCUGCGACUUUGACGAGAGGUGCAACUCAGCGUCAGGGGUGAUGGUGAGCGCAACAGUCCUGCUGGCAUGCCUGGGUCUGGCAUGCUUUGGAUUCGGGGCAUAGGAAACGCUGCUCGCCAUCCUCCUUCUGCUGCAGUACUUGUGUUUUGGUUGGUGUGGGCUCUGGCUGAGACUGGGUCUUGGUGAUGUAAGUCUAGAUUAAGGUUGGAGGACUCUUCGCCCCUUCUCCCUCUCCAUGUGUCUCGGUCUUUCUCUUUCUUUCCCCCACCCCCUUACCCUUUUUCUCCCCCUCCAUUAACUGACUCAGAUAGUUUAGUUUGCUUUCAAUUUGAUCAAAGGAUUUGCACUAAAGGUGGUCUUCUCUGCUGCAGUGAAUCUUAGGGGCAUUAACAUUGCAAAGACACAGGACUGGAAUCAAAGAAGAUGCAUCUCGCAAGGUCUCGCCUACGCCUCCGAGGAAGAUCAGGCAAGUCAAGUAGCAGUCAGUGACCCAUCUCAGCCCUCCAACCAUGAACCACCUCAGGGCACAUGUCUUUAUUCAUCUUUGCAGAGAACACUACAGCAACAUAACCUUCUGCUUCUGUGAUUUUGAGGAGAGGUGCAACUCGGCCUCGACACCAUCCUUCACCGUGGCUGCACUGGUUAGCCUGGUCCUCAUACACCUUCAAUGUAUUAAUGAUGUCUAGCCAGAAUGUUCCUCAAGAAUUAGUAGAGAGAACUGUGUUUUUUAAUUCCUUUGCACAGUUUUGGAAGAGAGGGAAAGUAACUUAAUGUUGGAGGGCUUAGCAGCAGCACCAUUCGUGUAGGAGGGGUUAAAUGAAAAGUUCUCUUAUGUACAAGGUAAUAACAGAAAACUUGAUUAUGCUCAUGGCCUGCAGAUAAAGUGCCAAAAAGAAUUUUCUUGAAAUGAUUACAAAAAGAUGCAUUGUAAAUUAAUUUUGUAUUGCACUCCUGAAGUUUGAACACUAAAAAGAGAUUGAUUGAUUAAUUGAUUUUUUUUUUUAUAGACAUUUAUGACUUGUUUAUAAAAGUUAUAUAAUGUAAGUGUGAAACCAUAAUGGUGUGAACAGCUGGUUUUGAAGAAACAUAAAUCAUUGUCAAUGUAAUGCAUCAAAUAUCCGUCAAAUUAUUUUAGUAACAAAUUAUUGUAUACUGAAUAAAGCAUUAUAUGCCAAAAAGAUUACUCAAGACAGAAAUUUCCCUUUAGAUUGUAAAGAAAGUACCCACUGUUAAAAUUGCUGAAUCAUACUGUGUAGUAUAGCAUUAAUUUGGAAUGUGUUUGUCAUGUUAUGUUUUGGAAUGAAUUUCAAUUACUGUUGGUUGUAGGAUUAGGGUUUCUUGAUAUAUACUUGUUCUUUUUCUUAUUAAUUUCUUUGUAUUAUUUGAUUUUUUCUGAUAAGCCUCCUGGGUUUAAUCCCAAGUCUCACUUUACAGCCAUGUUAAAUGUUUCAUCAUUCCAUUAAUUUUAAUAAGAGCUUGUAGAAGAACGAUCUUUACCAUUCCAUUACAGAUUCUAUUUUUUACAGUAUAGUUUUAAGGUCACACAUACUAUGAAACCCCCACUUGUUACUCACACAAAUAGGUAUGAAAAGCUAUUUCUUGUGAUACUAUAUUUCAUGUUAAGGUUUAUAAGCCUCAGUAAAGCCCAUACUUGUUAUGCAGGCAAGAAAUCCGUCCGUGUGUUUUGAAAGUCUCGUACUUGUUUGAAACAUAUUCCGUCCAUCCUGAUGCUUUUUGAUGUGUGUACAAACUUGGUAUCACCAGUGUUGUAUCAAGAAAAGAAAGAGGAUCUGAUUUAGCAUGUACAGAUAUACAUGUGGAUAAUAUUAUGUAAAGAAAGGCCUUUGUAUCAUUAUAACAUUUGCUUUAUAAAUUUUUCAUUUUAAGGAAUGAAAAGUUAAUUAUAAAAAUAAUAAGGUCUUCAAAAGUUCAUUUGUGUGUAUAUAUUUUUUUUGUUAUACUGUGGAAACAUUCUCUGGGUGAAAGGCUAUACAGAGUGAAAGAGUCCUUUGUAAGCACAUCCUGCAUUUUUGUCAAGCUUUCACAGUUUUUAAGAAAGUUUUGUUUGUAUAGAAGUAACUUGAAAUUAGUUUUUACAAUUUACUUGCAUGUGAGUAAUUGUAAUGAAGGAAAAUAAUCAUUAUUAUUGUUAUUACCAAAUAUAUUAAUUUUAUAAGUCAUGAUGUUAUCUUCAAGAUAAGCCAUGGAAGUAUUUUACAUUAUUCAAAUUAUAAACUAUUGUUAUUAGGGGGAGAAUACAUAUCAGUAUAAGUAUGUAAUUGAAAUUGUACAAUGAAGGUAGCAUGAAUGUGGGUUUCUUAUGCAAGGUUUUGUGAUGAAAAAUAUAAUGUAGUAAAAAAAAUGUAGCUAGUAGAAAGAUUAUUCUGUCCAAUUUUUGUAUAAGUAAGGCAUAAUUAUAUAGUCAUUCCAAAUUGCUGUUUUUGGCUAAUGUGCAGCCAGUGCAUUGCUGUUUGACUGUACUGGGGAUUAAAUAUUUUUCUAUUCUCUUGCAGUAAAUAUCUGACUCCAAAUGCA